CAUGCGUGUCUAGUUUGGCAAGUUCGUUAACUCUGAAAGAGCAAAGUAAAGAGGUGAGAGGAGAAAGGUAGCAUACGAACUAGUAAAGAGAGAAAUAGGCUAUAUUAAUUCUUGCCUGAUCAGCAUUUUCUGUUCCCUCUUGGGGUGACUGAACAGUGUGACUGACAGAUAUGGAGUCGGCCAUUCAGACAGUGGUGGGAGUGUUCCUGAAGUCCGCUAAGGGCAAGGAGAACCUGGGAGAGAAGGACUUCCAGAACCUGGUCAAGAGCCAGCUGCACAACAUCAUGACGGACACGGACAGCAAAGAGGCGGUGAAGGAGAUGCGCAAGGGACUGGACGAGAACCACGAUGGCAAGGUCAGCUUCGAGGAGUACAUGACCCUGGUGGGCUACCUGGCCAACUCGCUGAGCCAGCAGCGCUGCGUUUCCGAGGAGACGCCGGCCGAGGCGGAGACAGAGGAGGCCACAUAGACUGUCCCCGUAUGCUGCCUUCACACAUUCCACACAAAACCCUUAUAACCUAUACAAAAAAACGUCUGACUGGACUGCUAACAAUCCCGUUCGGUCUUAGAGUCUCAAAUUUGUCCUGUAGUAGAAAUAGUAGAAAAUUAGUGGAAAGGGCCCAAUGGUACAUCACUCUGCGUACCCCACAGUACGCACAGAUGCACUGAUUCCAUGCCAUUCUUCACAGAUCAACACCCGGUAACAGCAACCAGAUUCACUAAACUGUAGAAAACGCUAGUAUGUUUACAACAUUUUAGUACGUGUUACUGUCAAAACCUAAAGUGCUACAACACUGACACACAAACACACUGAUACACUUUGUUGGGAGACUCCACGCUGCACUACAUACAAAACACUUGCUACUCUGUAUACCUUACUACGUUUAACAUAUUGAAACACUACACCAGUGUAACAUGCUGCCAGUGUAUAUCCCUUUCUAUUCUGCACCUUGGCAGAACAACACCACACUCUUCAACUGGAUCUUAUACUGAUACAGUUACAUACUCACUACACAUCAAAACAUACUGAACUCUGCCUGGGGGCAGGUUUAUGGAGACCUUUCAAUUAGUAAAGGAUUAAGACCUAGAAUAUCAGGUGUAUGACGCACCCACCCAAACAAUGGCAGGAAGUCAAUAAUUAAGACCUGUCAUGGAAUGAACACCACCAACCCCUGCAGCUAUGAGGCCCCACAAAGGCCAAGCCCAAUCAUAAUAUUGACCUCAAGCUCCGCAACUAAAAUGUUUUUUACUAAAUUACUUUUUCACUGUAUAUUCUGAAACAUUCCUCUACUGCAGUGGUGAAAGGCAAAAUUAUAAACACAAACCAAAUUAUGUCCAUUUGUAUUCUUCAAGUAGCACUACUAUGAAAUACUGCAAUUGUGUAUGUCAGCCUUUGUGGAUGCACCAUUUCACCUGAUAUCACAAAAUGGUUUUGACCUUCUGUAGACCUGUGAACACACUACAGCUUUGUAUGUAUGUGCCAAAUUGUGGCCCCUAUUUGGCUAUACCUUAAGUACUGUAUACUAACCACUAGCCAGGCAUGUGCCUUAUUAUGUCCCACAAUGUCCACUAUUGCAUUAUGAUAUUGCAUCUAUGUCACAAUGGGUAGACCACUGUGUGUUGGAGAUCUUGCUGUCACAGACAGACUGAUGCACUAACCCUCACACCAAUGAAAGUACUCCAGCACUGACCCCAUAGUCACUGCUUGUCAAGCCACCAUGUGUUAUCAGGCAUGCAGUUACUGUGAUGUUCCUUUGACCAUUCUGCAGUAUGUAUCCCUACCUGUGUUCAUACCUGCAUGUCUUAUGCCGAAUAAUAAAAGAUGAGA